GCGCACGCGCGUACCCAGCUUCUCCUUCCGCGCCUCUCGGAAGUGUACGGCCGCACGCCGGAAGCCGUUGGGAGACGACGAUGGCGGGUUUGCCGGUUAGAGACCCCGCGGUGGAUCGUUCGCUUCGUUCAGUGUUCGUGGGGAAUAUUCCGUAUGAAGCUACGGAAGAGCAGUUAAAAGACAUCUUUUCUGAGGUUGGGCCAGUUGUUAGUUUCAGGUUGGUAUAUGACAGGGAAACGGGAAAGCCAAAGGGUUAUGGCUUCUGUGAGUACCAAGACCAAGAGACUGCACUUAGCGCCAUGCGCAACCUGAAUGGGCGUGAAUUCAGUGGGAGAGCACUUAGAGUGGACAAUGCUGCCAGUGAAAAGAACAAAGAAGAGCUGAAGAGCCUUGGCACUGGGGCCCCUGUGAUUGAGUCACCUUAUGGAGAGAGUAUCAAUCCUGAGGAUGCCCCUGAAUCUAUCAGCAAAGCGGUGGCUAGUCUUCCACCAGAGCAGAUGUUUGAACUGAUGAAACAAAUGAAGCUAUGUGUCCAGAAUAGUCCCCAGGAAGCAAGGAACAUGUUGCUUCAGAAUCCUCAAUUGGCUUAUGCUUUGCUGCAAGCACAGGUAGUGAUGAGAAUUGUGGAUCCAGAGAUUGCACUGAAAAUUCUACAUCGCCAGACAAAUAUUCCAACACUGAUUGCAGGCAACCCUCAAGCAGUUCACAAUGCUGGACCUGUUUCGGGAGCCAAUGUGCCAAUGAACCAGCAGAAUUCUCAGGAGGAUAUGUCGAAAGAAGAAUGGUCGGGAGCCAGAGAUAUUAAUUGCAGUUUCCAGGUUCCAGAGUACAUGCUUUCUGGCAUCACACCCUCCACCAGCGUAUCUGCUUCCCUCCAUCAUUACCUCAGUGUCCCCACCGCCACUACCACCACUCGCUACUCCCUAUCCCCAGCUGUGGGUGGAAUGCACGUGAACGGUGCCCCUCCUUUGAUGCAAGCUUCUAUGCAGGGUGGAGUUCCACCACCAGGGCAAAUGCCAGCUGCUGUAGCAGGACCUGGGGCCUUAGCUCCUGGAGGGGGAAUGCCAGCCCAGAUGGGAAUGCCAGGAAGUGGACCAGUGCCCAUGGACCGAGGACAAGGAACCCUACAACACUCGCCCGUGGGACCCGCCGGGCCUGCAUCAAUUGAGCGAGUUCAAGUGCCCAUGCAAGAUCCCAGAGCAGCAAUGCAGCGUGGGGCCUUGCCUGCCAGUGUCGCAACUCCUCGAGGUCUGUUAGGUGAUGCGCCAAAUGACCCACGUGGAGGUACUUUACUUUCUGUAACUGGAGAAGUAGAGCCAAGAGGUUACCUCGGACCACCUCACCAAGGUCCUCCUAUGCACCAUGUCCCUGGCCAUGAUAGCCGUGGCCCACCCCCACAUGAGAUGAGGGGAGGGCCAUUAGGUGAGCCUAGACCUCUAAUGGCAGAGCCAAGAGGACCCAUGCUAGAUCAGAGGGGUCCGCCCUUGGAUGGCAGAGGUGGAAGAGAUCCCAGAGCCAUGGAUGCCCGGGCCAUGGAGGCACGAGCCAUGGAGGCCAGGGGAUUGGAUGCUAGAGGAUUGGAGGCUCGUGCAAUGGAAGCCCGAGCAAUGGAGGCACGAGCAAUGGAGGCACGAGCAAUGGAGGCACGAGCAAUGGAAGUCAGAGGGAUGGAUCCAAGGGGCCCUGUCCCUGGCCCGAGAGGCCCUCUACCUACUGGAAUCCAAGGUCCUGGUUCAAUGAACAUGGGGGCAGUUGGCCCUCAGGGGUCCAGGCAGGUUCAAGUCAUGCCAGGGGCAGGCAUGCAAGGAGCCAGUAUUCAGGGUGGACAGCCUGGAGGCUUUAGUCCUGGGCAGAGCCAGGUGACUCCACAGGACCAUGAAAAGGCUGCUUUGAUCAUGCAAGUUCUUCAGCUUACUGCAGACCAGAUUGCCAUGCUGCCUCCUGAGCAGAGGCAGAGUAUCCUGAUCUUAAAGGAACAAAUACAGAAAUCCACUGGAGCACCUUGAAAGGUUUUCAAAAAUACCUGGCAACCAAUCUGGAAAAUUAUUCCAUAACUUUCUUAAUAUGUUGCAAAAAGAUGACUUCCGCAUCCUAACCCUUGAAUGAUUCAAAUUGGUGCCAGGUGGAGGACUCCCAUCACCUUCUUUCAGAACAAAAUCAGUUCAUUCUGUUGUCUUAGUUUGUAUAUUUUCUGUGACUUGUAAUAAACUUUGGACACAAUAUUAGUAUAGUGCAAAUUGCUAUAUAGACCUUUAUGCUUUCAAAAAGCUGACAUCAAGGGUAGAGCUCUAGAUGUGUUUUCUACCCUUAACUCUGCAGUAUUGUGCUUUAAUGUUAUGUUGCCUAGCCCUCUUUUUCCUUUCAGUUCUUUUUGAUAUUUGAGUGUUUCUUAAAAAGUGUUUUCUGGAUCUUCAUAUUUGCUUAUGUUUGCUUCAGGAAUAAUAAGAUUUGCCCUUUGAGACUUUGAGAGCUUGCUAGAACUUCUGAAUAAACUGGGAGAACACAGCACUUGCUUUAGAGCUAUUCAGUGCUAAGAAGGUUAACAAAACUAAGACCCUAGAGGAGCAUUGUGUUUAGUUUAGAAAAAUCAAGUAUAAAAGUGUCAGUCUGUUCACAUGGGUAGUUCAGAAUUAAGACAGAGUUUGAGUACAUCAAGACAAGAGACUGGUUGACGCUCAUAAGUCCUAAAACUCUUAAGUUUGGAUAAUCAACCUUAAAAGUUUUUUAAGACCUCAUUAUCACAUGUUCAAGAUAAAGUAGAAACUUAAGAAAAAAUCAAAAGAACAAAAUACAUUUCCCACUGUCUUCUAGUUUAUCACUAACCUACACAACCCUGCCAUUUACCAAUUUUUUUUAUAAAAACAUAGAAAACUUAAAAUUUUAUAUUACUUUUGUUUAUUUAAGAGGACCAAACAUAGACACAACCAGAUUCCCCAUUAGGCCUUUUUGUUGCUUCAUUCCAGAUAAGUAUGAACAUAAUUAGUGCCAGUAGCUCUAACCUCUGGCUCUCCCAGCCUAGUUUUCUCUCUUUCAUAGUGGCAUUAAGGAGGAACAUGGUUUCUCUUCAUCAGGCCAACCUCAAGAGGUUAAGAGGUGCCUUAAUAAGUAAAGUUCUAUUGGAACUACUCUUGAGCCUAUUUAUAUUCUCAGAAUCUUACCCCCUGGGAUAGGAUUAUGGUCAAGUGAAUUAAAAGCCUGCCAUAGGCUUAGAGAAUGUAAUAGCAUAUUGCUUACAUGUCAAGCAAAAGAAUGCAAAGAUAAUCAGCUUUAUGAGAGAUAUUGAAAUUGAGGGAUUUUCUACUCUGAUAUAUAAACAUUUACAACAAAAUUUGCUGAAUAAGCUACUUCAUAUUAUAACCCAGAAAGAAAAACUUAGUAAAGUUGAAGAGCUUUCUGAGUAACUCAUUCAUCCCUAAUUAAGCUUGGAUGUUGAUUUAUUAUCUUGAGCUUUUCUGCCUACUUCCACGAAUAUUUUAGGCCUUGAUAUGUUGAUUUUUGCAGUACUCAUAUUUUGCGGUGUCAUGGAUAUUUAGACAUUGAGAUGAAGAACAAAGCUUUUCAAUCAUUAGGACUUGUGAGUUUUAAGCACACUAAGAUUCCAAGUCAGUCAUUGAAGAUCAAAUUAUUUGGUCAGUGGUUGUUGAAUAGGAACAAUAACCAUCAAAGUUCAUUGUACGUUUUCACUUAAGUAACAAAUCCAGAAAAUUCACAACAGCAGGGGUCCUCCAGCCUGUUCCUAUGGAAAUAAUAAUGGUAUUUUUUUUUUACUGGCGUUCAUUUAAGAAAUGAGAACACAGUUACCACCAUGAGUUCAUGGACUACCUUUUUUUCGUUCAGACUAGUGACUGAAAAAAAUCAACCUAAUCUUUCCUUCAAGUCAUACAGGUUUCUGUAUGAUUAGAAACAACCUUUUAUUUCUUCUUGGUUAUUUAGUGAUAGAGAAAUAGGUGUUAUAAUGCUGGUACAGUAAAAACCUUAUUAAAAAUCUAUAGUGAGUUGAAUUGUCUUGGCAUAAAGAAAUGUGGAUUUUUUCUACCCCUUUCAGGGGCACUGAUCCUUCUAGUGAUUCCCUGUGACUACUAACAUCCCAGUGCCAUGUGGAUGGAAGAAAUAAAUAGCAUUUUGGUAAGAGGAGAGAAGGCUUUUUCCUUAUGUCAUUAGUUGAAUGAUUCCUUAGUGAAUAGGUAGUAGCCCAGAAAGAUGAUCAAAAUCCUAAAUUACUUUGUGGAAAACUAGAUGAGAAUAAUAAAUAGAAUUAUAAAAAGCCCCUGUUGAUUUUAAGUUAUCCAAAGAUGCAGUUAAAGUUUUCAUGAUUGUUCUCAACAAAACAAAUGCAAGCUAAAUGAUUAUAUUACAGACCUUCAAUUACAAAUUAGCCAAUUGAUAAGAUUAUUUUCCAAAUGGAGAACAUUGUAAAGUAAGGAAGAUUCGUAAGCAAAGAAAAUCCUUCAUUUUUUGACAAGCAAAAAUAGUAAAGCAUAAACUGUUGUUCACACUGGAUAUGACCGUUUUUUAAAUGUUAGAAUGUACAUAUUAUAUAAUGGGAUUCUUGGUAAUCUUGUGUUGUACUGUGUUACUAUUUAUGCUAAUUAUUGUUUUGUCAUUAACUUCAAUAAAUUUUUAUUUAAAAAUUUA